AUGCAAAAGCUGACACGAUUAAUGUCACCUUCCCAGGACAUCGCGCCACACUACAAUGAAAAUGAUUCCAAAUCACCUUCUCAGGACAUCGCGCCACACUACAAUGAAAAUGAUUCCAAGUCACCUUCCCAGGACAUCGCGCCACACUACAAUGGAAAUGAUUCCAAGUUGCCUUCCCAGGACAUCGCGCCACACUACAUUGAAAACGAUUCCAAGUCACCUUCCCAGGACAUCGCGCCACACUACAAUGAAAAUUAUUCCAAGUCACCUUCCCAGGACAUCGCGCCACACUACAUUGAAAAGGAUUCCAAGUCACCUUCCCAGGACAUCACGCCACACUACAGUGAAAAGGAUUCCAAGUCACCUUCCCAGGACAUCGCGCCACACUACAUUGAAAAUGAUUCCAAGUUGCCUUCCCAGGACAUCGCGCCACACUACAUUGAAAACGAUUCCAUGUCACCUUCCCAGGACAUCGCGCCACACUACAUUGAAAAUGAUUCCAAGUCACCUUCCCAGGACAUCGCGCCACACUACAAUGAAAACGAUUCCAAGUCACCUUCCCAGGACAUCGCGCCACACUACAUUGAAAAUGAUUCCAAGUCACCUUCCCAGGACAUCGCGCCACACUACAUUGAAAAUGAUUCCAAGUCACCUUCCCAGGACAUCGCGCCACACUACAAUGAAAAUGAUUCCAAGUCACCUUCCCAGGACAUCGCGCCACACUACAUUGAAAGCAAUUUUCUUUUGAGACAGAAUAAUCAGCAACUUGUCAUAAAAAUUAAUUCUACCACCAGACAAGACGUAAACUAA